UCUUACAAUAAAUACAUCUGAAGAAAUAUUUUUUCACGGACCCUUAAGUUACCACUGUGGAUCCCUAAUUUACUAUAUUGCUUGCGUGGAUCCCUAAAAGUCUUACAAGAACCCCUGUUGAGAACCACCAAUAUACACAGAACAUAUAUAACACUGUUUUGAGAUUAUUAGCAACGUUUCUCUACUUCACUGCUUGGAAAGAUCACAAGAUGAUUUUUUUGCCUUCGCAUUAAAUUUGCAUUAUAAAGGAGUUUGCCAAAUGUUCAGAUAGAAUAUCAUCAUCAUCAUCAUCAUCGUUUAACGUCCGCUUUCCGUGCUAGCAUGGGUUGGACGAUUUGACUGAGGGCUGGUGAACCAGAUAGCUGCACCAGGCUUCAAUCUAGUUAUGGAAAAUGAAUUGUGUGAGAAGAAAGGUGAAUUUGAUACACAAUCUAAAAAGAUCGACUCUCCUGGUGGUAUAAGGAAAGGAAGAAGUCAAAUAUACCAGUGUGAUAUCUGUGAGAAGAUAUUUUCUCAAAAGUGUAACCUCACGAUACACAGACGUACUCAUACAGGAGACAAACCAUAUCACUGUGAGAUGUGUGGUAACUCGUUCUCUCACAAGGGUAACUUAACAUCUCACAAACGUAUUCAUACUGGAGAAAAGCCAUAUCAGUGUGAUAUCUGUGGUAAAUCCUUCUCUCAAAAAGGUCACCUAAUCACUCACCAGCUCAUUCAUACAGACGAAAAACCAUAUCACUGUGAUAUCUGUGGUAAAUCAUAUUCUCGUGAAAUUACCUUAAUAAGACACAACCGUAUUCACACAGGAGAGAAACCAUAUCAUUGUGAUGUCUGUGGUAAAUCAUUCUCACAAAAAGGCCACCUACUUACUCACCAACGGAUUCACACAGAAGGAAAACCAUUUCACUGUGACAUCUGUGGUAAAUCAUUCUCUCGUGAAAUUAACUUGACUCGGCACAAACGUAUUCAUACAGGUGAGAGGCCAUUUCAGUGUGAUGUCUGUGGUAAAUCCUUCUCUGAAUGUGGUGUGUUAACUUUACAUGUACGUAGUCAUACGGGAGAGAAACCAUAUCGCUGUGAUACCUGUGGAAAGUCAUUCUCUGGAGCAAGUACCUUAACAAAACACAAACUCACUCACACAGGAGAGAAACCGUUUCUCUGUUACACCUGUGGUAAAUCCUUCUCUCAAAAGAUUCCCUUAACAACACAUGAAGGUGUUCAUUCAGAAAAGUAACUGUAUCAAUGUUAAGAAUAAAUUCGUAUUAAAUAAAGUCUUCCAUGUUUGUCAUUCAAA